UUUCUCACAGAGACGAGCAGCGUAACCAGACGAGGUGACAACAGACACGCAACUCCAGAGCUGUCUGGCAGAGACAAGCAGCGCAACCAGAAGGGGAGACCACAGAGACGCAACUCCAGAGCUGACUGACAGGCCUUCAGUCAUGACUCUACUUCUCAUUACCACACUGCUGCUCUCAGGUCUGGGCAGUCUCUCCUCCUCUGUGUCACGUCAGUUCCAUGUGGUGAUGGAGAAGAAGAACUGGACAGAAGCUCAGCAGUACUGCAGAGAGAAGUUCACUGACCUCGCCACCAUAGACGACAUGACAGAGAAUAUGAAGGUGAAGAGCAAGAUCCAUGAAGCAGGUGCUGGAGAUUGGGCCUGGAUUGGGCUGAAGAGGGGAGACUGGCAGUGGUCUCUGGCUGACAGGGAUUUCUACAGAGAGAAUGAAGCAGAGUUCAGGAACUGGAAUCCAGGUGAACCCAAUGGAGAAGAUGCUGGUGAAGAGUGUGUGAUUAUGGAAGGAGCACAUGGCAAAUGGUAUGAUGACUCGUGUAGCUACACCCGUCCCUUCAUCUGCUAUGAUGGGGGAGACUCCACACAUCCCUAUGUGCUGGUUACUGAUAAGAAGAACAGGGCAGGUGCUCUGAGUUACUGCAGAGAGAAACACACAGACCUGGCCAGUGUGAGGAAUCAGGCAGAGAACGACCAGAUAGAGCAAAUGAGAGUAGCUGGGGCACCUGGCGACGUUGUCUGGAUCGGCCUGUUCAGAGCUGCCUGGUCAGAGUGGUCAGAUGGCAGCAGCUCCUCAUUCCGCUACUGGAACUCUGGAGAACCCAAUAAUGUGGGUGUGGUGUGCACUCAAAUUAUGCCCAGUGGUCAGUGGAGCGAUGAACACUGUGGCCAUCCUAGUCCCUUCAUCUGCUAUAGGGAUACAGAUGAGUGUGCAAGAGACAGCUCUUUGUGUGGACCCAAUGCUGUCUGCACCAACACCAAGGGGAGCUUUAACUGUGCCUGUAACCAGGGAUACCAGAAGCCUCCUGGAGUGACAAUCACCAACGCUACAAACCCAUGCCAAGAUACAGAUGAGUGUGCAGGAGACAGCUCUACAUGUGGACCCAAUGCUGCCUGCAGCAACACCCAAGGGAGCUUUAGCUGUGCCUGUAACGAGGGAUACCAGAAGCCUCCUGGAGUGACAAUCACCAACGCUACAAACCCAUGCCAAGAUAUAGAUGAGUGUGCAAGAGACAGCUCUUUGUGUGGACCCAAUGCUGCCUGCAGCAACACCCAAGGGAGCUUUAGCUGUGCCUGUAACCAGGGAUACCAGAAGCCUCCUGGAGUGACAAUCACCAACGCUACAAACCCAUGCCAAGAUACAGAUGAGUGUGCAAGAGACAGCUCUACAUGUGGACCCAAUGCUGCCUGCAGCAACACCCAAGGGAGCUUUAGCUGUGCCUGUAACGAGGGUUACCAGAAGCCUCCUGGAGUGACAAUCACCAACGCUACAAACCCAUGCCAAGAUACAGAUGAGUGUGCAAGAGACAGCUCUUUGUGCGGACCCAAUGCUGUCUGCACCAACACCAAGGGGAGCUUUAGCUGUGCCUGUAACGAGGGAUACGAGAAGCCUCCUGGAGUGACAAUCACCAACGCUACAAACCCAUGCCAAGAGCCGGAGGUGAAGAGGCAGAUUGUGAGAGUGAAGUUCCCGGUAGAAUCAGGUGUGGACAUGAACGACCCUGACACGCUGAAGGCCGUCCUAAAGCAGAUGCAGAAAAGACUGGGGUUGCCAGCAGACACCAAACUGAGCUGGAAGAAGCAACCAGAUGGAAAGAUCUUCAAGAAGCAGAAGGAGGAGAAGAAAGAAGAGGGGAGGAAGAGGAGGAAGAGAACUGAGCUCUAAACACUCUGCUGUUGUUCAUGUGAUGAAGUGAAUGAUAGGCUUUUCACAGAUCUAUCUUUGGUUUGUCUUCUAUGAUUUCUAUGUUUAAAUUUUUCACUUCUCUUCAGUCUUUUUUUUGGUUGGUGAUUGUUUUGGUAAUAUGGAAUUUAGGACUAUUGUUUUUCGGGAAACAUCAUUGUAAUUGUUUGAAAAUGUUUGUAGCUAAAGUUUAAAAAGCGAAAACGUGGACAAUCUCAUAGCUUACAAUUAAAAUACUUUUAGUCAUAUUACUGCUUAAAUCCAGCUUGCUCUUAAACAAAUAAAAAUGUGCGAAUGCUGCAAACAUAAGAUAACCAGUGUGAAACAACUUAGACUUCAAAUGUUUUUGCUUAGACUUAGAGAUGUUUUUUUAAAGUAUAAAAUUGUUUUUGCUGAUAAAACAUAAAGUGUGUUUGCUUAUAUUUAAAAUAUUUUUGUUAGAUUUGAAGUGUUAAGAUAAAUGAAAUGUGAUUAGAACAGGCUGUACCAGCUUCUUUGUACUUAACAAAAGUCAAAACCCUAACCCUUGGUUAGCUCAUAACAAGACAGGAUAAGAACAAGCCUAGGCAUUUUCAACCAGUUCGAAAAGGUAUGUAACAUCCCCCUUCAAUUGUAUUUUUCUUUACUCUUCUUUGUACUUAAUAAAAAU